CUCCGCUGCCCGCUCCCCGCCGCGGGGCCGGCGCCCAUGGCGUGCCCGCCGGGCGGGGACAGCCCGGGCUCCGCCGCCCGACGCUUCUACUGCAGAAUGGAGGCAUCCUGCCUGGAACUGGCCCUGGAAGGAGAGCGCUUGUGCAAGGCUGGGGACUUCAAAGCUGGGGCAGCCUUCUUCGAAGCAGCAGUGCAGGUGGGGACUGAGGACCUGAAGACUCUCAGUGCCAUCUACAGCCAGCUGGGCAAUGCCUAUUUCUACCUAAAGGAGUAUUCCAAGGCCCUGGAGUACCAUAAACACGACCUGACCCUGGCCAGGACCAUCGGGGACCGCAUUGGAGAGGCCAAGGCGAGUGGCAACCUUGGGAACACCCUGAAAAUCCUUGGGCAGUUUGAUGAAGCUGUGGUUUGCUGCCAGAGGCACUUGGACAUUUCUCAGGAGCAGGGAGACAAGGUGGGUGAAGCCAGAGCACUCUAUAAUAUAGGAAAUGUUUACCAUGCCAAGGGAAAGCACUUAUCGUGGAACAUGGCCCAGGACCCAGGCUCCCUCCCUCAGGAAGUCAAGGAGACGCUGCAGAAAGCUUCAGAAUAUUAUGAGAGGAACCUGUCCCUGGUGAAGGAGCUGGGGGACAGAGCUGCUCAGGGCCGAGCUUACGGCAACCUGGGCAACACCCAGUACUUACUUGGCAACUUCAGUGAAGCCAUAGCCUUCCACAAGGAGCGCCUGGCCAUUGCCAAGGAGUUUGGGGACAAGGCAGCUGAGCGCAGAGCCUACAGCAACCUGGGCAACGCUCACAUCUUCCUCGGCAGGUUCGACAUCGCUGCCGAGUACUACAAGAAAACGCUCCAGCUCUCCAGGCAGCUCAAAGACCAAGCAGUAGAAGCCCAGGCUUGCUACAGCCUCGGAAACACGUGCACGCUGCUUCAGGACUACGAAAGAGCCAUCGAGUACCACCUAAAGCACCUGGUGAUAGCACAGGAGCUGGGGGACAGGGUGGGAGAAGGAAGAGCCUGCUGGAGUCUGGGAAAUGCCUACGUCUCGCUGGGGAGCCACGAACAAGCUUUGCACUUUGCAAGGAAACAUCUUGAAAUCUCCCAAGAGAUCGGGGACCGGAGCGGGGAGCUGACGGCACAGCUGAACAUGGCCCAGCUCAGGUCAGCCCUUGGCCUGGGCCCUGGGGAUGAGGACAUGGGUGCAGCUAAUCACUCUUCUGGCUAUGAAGCACAAGGAGCCAGGCCAAAGAGACUCCAAAGGAACAGCAUGGACAGCUUAGACUUCCUCAAGUUCCCUUCUGAAAAGGACCAGAAUGGGGACAGCCACCACGUGGGAGACCUGAAGAUCUCGGGGAAGGAGUUCCUGUCGUUACCCGCGAGGACGAGGAAAUACCGGGAACACCAGUCCAGUUCGGAGAGGAAGUCCCAGGGACCAAGUGCAUCACCCUUGGAUGCUGGGGAAGUCCGAGUCCAGUCGAAAAUCAACCGGACCCCUUCGGAUGAGGAAUGCUUCUUUGACCUGCUGAGCAAGUUCCAGAGCAACCGGAUGGAUGACCAGCGCUGCCCGCUGGAGGAGUGCCCGUCGGAGGCUGCGGAGGCAGCUGCCACCCCGGUGCCUGCCCUGGGAGAGCGGAUAUCACAGUCUGCCCUGAUGGCAUCUCCGCAGACAGAGGAGUUCUUCGACCUCAUCGCCAGCUCCCAGAGCAGGCGCCUGGAUGACCAGCGUGCCAACGUGGGCAACCUGCCGGGGCUGCGGAUAACCCACAACAACCUGGGGCACCUGCGCGUCGAGGGGGACGCCCAGGAGCCCGGGGACGAGUUCUUCAACAUGCUCAUGAAGUGCCAGUCCUCCCGGAUCGAUGACCAGCGCUGUGCCCCCCCUGAUUCCAUCCCCCGCGGUCCCACCAUGCCGGAUGAAGACUUUUUCAGCCUCAUCCAGCGUGUCCAGGCCAAGCGCAUGGACGAGCAGCGGGUGGAUUUGGCCUCAGCCCAGGAGGCGGCCGAGGAGGAGCAGCACAGGCCUGGUUCCAGCUAAGAACUGGGGUUUGGUCUGGGGGGGUUGUUUUGGCUUUUUUUGGGGUUUUUCUUUUUUUUUUUUUUUUUUUUUUUUUAAAGGAAAAGAAGCGUAGGUGGUUUCAAACCUGAGGGCUCCUGUGCUGCCACAGACUUGUCCCAGGAGCCGCCCCAGGGAUGUGGGAGCUGCACCUCCCUCCUGUUGUUAGGGGAAGGCCCAAUGGAUGCGGGGCACAAUUUUCAAACAAGGGGUUUUUUUAGGACACACGGCCCCUGUAACAGUGGACACGAGGGAAGGCUUUGGCAGCCCCUUUGCUGAUCACCUAAAAACCCAGGAACUUGGAGGAGCCCAGAGGGGGUAGUUAACUCCAGCCUUGAUGUCUUUUAUUUCCACAACACUUUUAAUUAAAUGGGGGAAGGGAAGAGCACCUUUUCCAUUUUGAAGUCCUCCUGUACUGCCUGCAUCACGAGGUGACACAAAUGACUCUGGAUCCUUCCCUGGAACGUCUUCUCAGCUUUGUUCCUUCUACAGGAGAAAAUAAUCCCAAGUCUGAGGCCCCACCAGUCCUUUAAAUCUUACCCCACCACAGCUGCAUCGCAGUCCCACACACCUCAGAGUGUGUUUUAGGCUUGCUGAAGACUCUGCAGAGCCCUGGACACCCCCUGCUUACCCAGCCCUGGGCAGAGCUGUCCUGGGACCUCCUGGGCAGGAGCAAAGCCUCGCUCACUCCGAACUUUAGUGGGAUUUGUCACCUCUGGAGCUCAGCCAGCUGUGCAGCCCCGGGCAGGGGCUGUGCCUGGGAAGGGGAAGGUCUCUGCUCGUGUGUUCAGCCCCCUGCACAUGUGGGCAGCUCUGGUGCCACUGAGCUGAGGUCUCAGGCAGGUGAGGGUGCCUGAGGCAGAACCUGCGUGUGACAGGGACCUGCUUCGACAGCCAGCAGAGCUUUCUGCCCACAGCUUGUCCUUCCUCCCUUCUGUGUCCAACAGCAGCUCAAGAUCAUGGCUCUUCACCCUCCCAUGUUUCCCCCAAACCAGUGCUGAGCUGCUCCUGGCAAGGCACCGUAGCUGUGCCCCACCUGUCUCCGAUACCUGGAGCCUCAGGGGAGCCCCAGCCACAUUUACUGUCAUUCCUUCCCCUUUUGGACCAGCUGGAAAAGCUGGAGGUGGGAAGCAGGGACCUGACUUCAGGAGGUGCAGGAUUUUCCCUCCUCUUGACCAGAGACUAUCUCGGACUUCAGAAACUCCAGCACCGAGUUGUGCCGAAGCGGCGACGUUCCUGUAGAGAGUAAAACCAACACUUCCUGUUUGGAAUGCGUUUGAUGGAAACAUUCCCAACCAGCAGUGAGAUGUUUUUUUAGACCAGUGAUGCUGCUCAUGGGGCAUUUUCCCUGCCUGCACUGACCAUGUGGAGUGGUAGCUGCAUUUUCCCUGCUACCUGGGAGCACUCACCUGCUGCACGGACCACUUGGCCAAGGCUGGGCCUCCUUCCUGGGGCCGGGCAGAGCUCUGGAGAAGGGAGAGGAGGAGCUGCCCCAGCCACCUUUGUACCAGCCAAGCUGGCAUUUGUAAAAAAAGAAAACAUUGAUGAUGAUGAUGAUGACCUGACCAGCUGCAGGCUCGGGCCUGUGCAGCUCUCAGCCAGGUGGUGAACUGGAAUCUGACCAUUAAGCUUUCAGAGGUAUUAUUGAGGUAUUAUUUGCCAUAUACUUGAAUGUAUGAGCUUAUUUAUUUUUUACAUGUGCAUUUGCUAAUGUCAUUUUAAUGGGGAAUUUCCAACCCACAGGUACUUGUUUUUGUUUUUCUAAAAAAUAAUCUGCCAAAUGGAUUAAUAUAUUAGAAAUGAAUACAGCUCAAGGGGAAGGAGUGUGGGGGGGGUUGUGCUUAAUAAAUAUUUGUGUCUAAGCUUCAGUGCAA